UCACAAAUUCCCCAAAUCCCAAACGUCUCGACUAAUAGUAAACGUGUUAUAGCCGUAUUUUAAGUAAUUAUUUUUAAUUUUCCUCUAGAACGGCUACCUUCUUUAAUUUACGACAAACUCUUGAGCAAAUGCUAACAUUCUACUAAGGCUGAUUUGCAGCUGUUUACAAAGAAAUUCCCGCUCUGCUCUCAUCGAGUGGAAAUAGCACGUUAGGUCAUCUUUGAGUUAUCUGUGAAGUACAUCAGCAACAAAACCUAACGUGACCUGUUGUUUGGUGCCAGUUCUUUCAGUUCCCGUAGGAAAAAUAGGAUUUUAACUGAAGAUGGCCUCUCGAGGGAAAUCAGAAACUGGAAAAUUGAGGCAAAAUAUGGAGGAACAACUUGACAGACUAAUGCAGCAGCUUCAGGACCUGGAGGAAUGCAGAGAAGAUCUGGAUGAGGAAGAGUACGAAGAGACAAAGAAGGAAACUUUGGAGCAGCUGGGUGAAUUCAAUGACUCCUUGAAGAAAAUAAUGUCAGGAGAUAUGACACUUGUGGAUGAACUCAGUGGGAUGCAACUGGCGAUCCAAGCUGCCAUCAGCCAAGCCUUCAAAACCCCGGAGGUGAUACGACUUUUUGCUAAGAAGCAGCCAGGACAGCUGAGAAGCAGACUGGCAGAGAUGGACCGCGAUGUGAUGGUGGGAAAACUGUCACGGGACGUGUACACGCAGCAGAAAAUGGAAAUCCUCACUGCCUUGAGAAAACUGGGGGAGAAGCUCACCCCAGAAGACGAGACGUUCCUCACUGAAAACGCCACAGCGACCCUGAGCCAGUUUGAAAAAGUGACUGCAAACCAAGGGUCCGAAGACAAAAUAAUGGCUUUAGCUAGCUCUGGUGUGAAAACAAAGUCAUAGCAGUUCUG